AAAAUUGUUUGAAGGACACACAGCUCGGACCAUUUUUAUUUUAUAAAAUAUGACUGUAUAAUUGAAACUUACAUAUCGUAUGCAACAACACAAAAGUAAGUGAUAACGGAAAAAGCAAUAGACAUCUGGUACUGCUAAAGCUCAAUGUAAUUUAUUUUGAUAGAGUGAGAGAGGAAAAACACAAGAUAAAUAUGGAAGGGUUAUGGAAUAUAUAUACUGGAUUUAUAUUCUAUUUGUUUUGUUCCGUACCAACACAGGAAUCAGUCAUUUGGAAGAUUUUAACAGUUCCUAUAGUAUUUGGUGAAGAUGUAAACAUUAAGUGUAUUGUAUCAGCUGGUGCAUGUCAUAUCAACCAAACAAGACAAUGGACAGGUGGAAAAGGAUACAAGUUGCUUGCUUUGAAUGGGCAUACAACAGAUGACUCUAAAUAUGAGAUGAAAAUACACACUUCAGACCUAAGCUUUGACCUAACUGUGAAAAACUUUUCCGCAGAUGAUGCUUUUAGCGAAUACACAUGUUUAUGUGGAAAAGAACAAUUUCGAGACAUGCUGAUGUUAAAUAAAACUGAGAAUAUACGUAUGCCUUCAUACGACGAUAUUCAUGACAACAGCUAUGUCAAAGAUAUGAAACUAUAUCUAAAUGUGACACUAAUGAAAAUGCAUCCUUUACCAAAUUGUUCUUUGCAAUAUAAUGAUGAAACUAAAAUGCUUAAAACAAGUUCUUUUAAAAAGGGACUUCACACAUAUGACAUAAUUAUAUAUAAUGAAACUAUAAGUUUGUUCAACUUAUGCAGUAUAACUUGGUUUGUCAACUGCAUUGUUGGAGAGAAGAGCUUUCAAACAAAUCACAAGACAGAUAAAUGUGGAACUAAUAGUGAUACGAACAUUAGGAAUUUAGCAAUUGGAAUUUCCGCUGCUACAUUUACAUGUAUAUUGGUUUUCGGGUUAUUUGUAUAUCUAAAAAGAGAAUACUGUUUUAGACGUAAUGCUAACACAGAAGGAAAAGAACAGCAGUCAAGCGCAACUACUUCACGACAAGAGGAAGACGUACUCAUGUUGACAACUUCCUAACUUUAGACUCUUAAGAAUAUUUCUGUUAAUUAAAUAUGCAAGUUGUUUGGGAUUACAAAAACGUAACCACUAUGAGUUUGAGUGGAAAUAAGUGUUGCCAUAAUGACAUGAUUACUGCAUGCUGAAAAGCAUCAUUGCCUGCUGGUUUAUUUUUUUUUUUUUUUUUUUUUUUUGUCAAAUAAAUUUACACAUUUUUCAUCAAAAGUCUAUUGAAAUAAUUGAAAUAUAAUUUCAUAAAAUUAAAUGGUCAAUAAAGACUCUUCAUGAAACUUUUCCGUUAAUUGUACAGCAAUUACUAUUCAACUUUUAUAUACAAUUUCAGUGUUCAUUGUGUUUGGACUUUUGGUUUUGCCAUUUGAUUACGGACUUUACUUUUUGAAUUUUCCUCGGAGAUCGGUAUUUUUGUGAUUUUACUUUUUUCAUUCAAAACUUAUAGUUAGUUUAUGGAAGAAAUCAUAUUUUCAUUAUUUUUUAUAUUUUUGUUACAAUUUUUGUGUCGUUCAUUAGGCAGCAGGAAUCCUCUUAGCGCCUUUCAGUCAUUAAAUUUCAUUCACGUUUCAUUUACGCUACUGUAACAUACUACAUGUGCUCAAUCGUUAUACAUGGAAAUGUGUGUAAUACCAUGAAGUAGGUUUUAAAAUAGCAAUAUUGGAUAUUUAUUAUAUUAAAGUGAAUUUUUUUAUUUUAAUUUAUUAAUUUACUUCGAGCUGUAGUACUAAGAAAAAAUUACCACAACAAGUAAAUAUACAAGGUUGUAUGAAGAAGAAUUGAGACUGGCUUUGUACAGUUAAAAUGUUGGAAAUAAAGAUAAUUUGAAUGAU